GUAUACCAUCAUAAUAAUCCUAUGAUAGUACCACUGAAUUUCUCUCUCAGUUCUUCGAUUCCACCAUGGACGAUCCACACCUCUCGUUCGGCUGGAACAAACACAUCCCUACGACCAACAGCUUCAUUAAUCACAAUCUCAGACUCCAAUUCAUCACCCCAACAAAGCAGCAUAAGAAAAUGCGAAUGUUAUGACAUGUAUAAACAGGUGGUCCCGUUCGCUGAGGCAUGGGCAUGGCAAAAAUCAAUUCUUGAAGACCGAAAAACGUUGAUAGAUGACAAUCAAGAUGGUUCAGAUACAUUGAUCAUGCUCCAGCAUCAGUCUGUGUACACAUUGGGCACUGCUAGUACCGAAAAAAACUUGAAUUUCGAUGUCAAAGAUCCACCUUUCCCGUUGUAUCAUACCGAACGAGGCGGUGAAGUCACCUACCAUGGGCCAGGGCAGCUAGUGAUGUACCCGAUUAUGAAUCUUCGGUUCCACGAGAUGGAUCUUCAUUGGUACCUUAGAGCACUUGAGGAGGUAGUUAUUCGGGUUCUUUCUUCGGUUUUCGAUUUAAAAGCUUCUCGAGUCACGGGUUUGACUGGAGUUUGGGUUGGGGACAAUAAACUAGCAGCAAUUGGAAUACGAGUUUCGCGAUGGCUGACGUAUCAUGGAUUGGCGUUAAACGUGUCCACUGAUCUUUCGCCUUUCAGUCGAAUAGUUCCUUGCGGGAUUAAAGAUCGAGGAGUUGGGAGCAUCAAGGGGUUGCUUAGUGAUUCUUGCUCAAUGUCUGAUGGUGAACUCAUUGAUAUUGCUCAUGAAUCAUUGUUAAAAGAGUUCUGUGAAGUUUUCCAGGUUGAAUUGUCUCAUCAGCCUGUGUCAAGUUUGCUUAGGCUUCCAAAGAGAAAACAAUGAAGUUGUUUGUGUGUUAUUUUAUUUUAACAGAGUGUGUUAAAACUCUAUUUGUAUCAUCUGGCUCGUUGUACCAACCAAUAUUGUCUGUAUUGUCUGGUAGAGCAUGUUGAGUAUUAUACUAUUAUGGACAAACCAUUCGCAAACAAAAA